ACCACCAAUAGAUGAAGACCUUAAACCUAUCCCUCUCAUACAAAUUCAGACUAAAGAUUUUCUGCAAACAAAAAGCCAUGGCUUCCAACAAGGUAGUGUUCUCGGCGUUGCUCCUCAUCAUCGUCUCCGUGCUCGCCGCGACGGCGACCAUGGCGGACCACCACAAAGACCAGGUGGUGUACAGCCUCGGCGAGCGUUGUCAGCCAGGAAUGGGCUACCCGAUGUACUCGCUGCCACGCUGCCGGGCGGUGGUGAAGCGCCAGUGCGUGGGCCACGGCGCACCCGGCGGCGCCGUGGACGAGCAACUCCGGCAGGACUGCUGCCGGCAGCUCGCCGCGGUCGACGACAGCUGGUGCAGGUGCUCGGCGCUCAACCACAUGGUUGGAGGCAUCUACAGGGAGCUCGGCGCCACCGAUGUUGGGCACCCCAUGGCCGAGGUGUUCCCCGGCUGCCGGAGAGGGGACUUGGAGCGCGCGGCGGCGAGCCUCCCGGCGUUCUGCAACGUGGACAUCCCCAAUGGGACAGGUGGUGUCUGCUACUGGCUAGGUUAUCCUAGGACCCCGAGAACUGGUCACUAGGCUACUAAAGCUAGCUGUGUGUAUGACUCUGUGGGGUUGCUAAAUAACUAGUGCUUUCAUUUGUCAGGAAGCAUAUAUACAUAUGGUGAAUAAAUGAUGAACUUCAAUGUUCUUCUGAAUA